AUGAGCACUCAGCAGCCAUUACUGCACGAGACGACACCGACAGAGGAUAGGGUUCGAACCAGUUUUCGGCCACUGCUGAACCCGUGUGCAAUUGCAAAUACAAAUGACUGGACAGGACAGAUUUUGCAGCCAGCGGAAUAUGUAAUACAGUCCACAAGAAUGCUCCAUCAGUUUCUCAUAGCAGUAGCUUCCAUUACUGUGGCUUACACUACCAACGACAUCGCUCCUCAGGAAAUAUCUGUCGACAAGUCAGAAGUUGAUGUAGGGAAACUAGCGAGUGAUAUAGAAGCGCUGCUGAUAGAAGGCGAUAAGAGCAAACGAGUGAUUGAACGAUCAAACGGACCACCUGGAUUCAGUCCGAACGACAUAUUAGCACCCAUAUCACCGAUUAUACUUCCGUCACCCAUACAUCGAACUUUGAAUAAACAAAAAUCUAACGCCCCCAAACGUCGUCUAGUUUAUGUAAUCCAUCGCCCGAUCUUCAUAAGAAGGGGUCAUAUUGUUCCAGAUCCUAAUCCUCCCUCAACUGGUACCCUUCUACUACAACGCUUUGAGGACCAGCAACAACGUGACGCACCCCCCGUUGAGCCCGUCCCCAUGCGAAAACCACGUCGUAGGAUCAUCUUUCACCCGUAUACUCCCCCUAACAGAAAGCCCCUCAUACAAGAAACACCAUCAGAUCGAAUACAAGAAGUGCAAGAUGAAAUCUUUGAGGAGUCGUCCCAUGAUCCUUAUCAAUAG